AUGAAGGUCGUCGGUCUUGGUCUCGUCAGCAUACUCACCGCGUGCUACCCUGGGAUGAUUUCUCCCCACCAGGACGGUUUGCUCCAGAUGUUUGCGUACUCCCACGAAGGCGCGGACAUCGGCGUGAGGGUGGCGGCCUUGAAGGCGGCCUGUUCCUACCUCCAGCGCUUGAUUCCGGGUGCUGUCGCGUCCGCUUCUCUGUGGCCGAAGAUGACGUCCGUCGUGGAGGCCGCGGCUGACUCCGGGGAUCCAGUCGCUGCCCAAGAAGCACGGGAGGUGGUCGACGGGAUUACCAUCGAGCAGUCCGGGGCCGCAGGGGGGUACUCAGAGGGGACCAGCCUCGAAACGAGCUGCCCACCCUGGAAGAAGUUGAUGUGCUCCGGCCAUCCGUUUCAGGCUCUCAGACAGGUGUAA